CAACGCAUGUUUCCGAAGUGGCGCGUUUUUCUUUCUUGCAGACGCCGGCACUGCGUUAUUUGCCCUAGCUUUUCAAUAUUUUCCGUGUUCUGCAUCUCUAUCUCGCUUGAGGCACACUACAUUUUAACCAAGCUUCGCAAUGGAGGACCUGAAAAGCAUAUCCCAAGCGUGCUUUGUUUCGUUACCACGGAAAGCGAAACCGAACAAGCCUGUGCGGUCUACGGAACAGGAAAUUGGUCGUAGGUACAGAAUAUUUCGGGAGACUUGGGCGUACCUGGAAAGUGAAGUACUGAGGUGCCAGACAGAGGCACACACUGAUGUUCUCGACAAUGUAAUGUCAUUUGUUCUAUCACAUAAUCCUGCCCUGACUGAGACGUCGAAGAGAUUGGAUAUACCUGUUGCUGCCCUUAUGAUGGGUGUCAACAUGUCUGACCACACUGCUGUCUUCAACCUACUGGCGAAGAGGCUGCAUUCCUCCGUGACUCCGAUGGUCGCUAGGCUGCACGCAAAAGACUGCAAUUCCAUUGCUGCCAUGAUACAGAAAGUCGUCACGGACACAAUGCAGGUGUCGGGAUCUGAAGAUGUCGAAGUCAAAAGGAAUGUGUGUACAAUGUCCACGCUAGCAGAAUGGCAUGAUUCAGUGGUGAUCAAGACUCCAGGGUCACCAUCCAAGCGACAGAAGAAAAGCUCUCAUGGAAUCCGCAAAGAGGAUCCAAUCGUUGUCAUACUUGAAGACUUUGAAGGAUUCAAGGUUUCGGCCUUGCAGGAUUUUAUACUGAUUUGCAGCAAAUACCUAGAGAAGCUACCUAUUGUUCUCAUCUUUGGUGUUUCAACAACCGUUAUGGCAAUACACAACAUGAUCCCGCAGAGCGCUUCGUCGUGCCUGGCCAUCGAGACGUUCUUUUCCAUGCCCGUCACUGAAUACUUGAGUCAAGUGUUUGAGAAGGUUCUUCUAGAACCAUCCAUUUCCUUCAAGCUUGGCCAUGCUGUCUUCCAGUUCAUUGUGGAUGUCGUGUUGUUUCACGACUUUUCUCUUACAAACUUGCUUCAGAUGAUGAAGAUGGCCAUGUUUGAACACUUUUACCACAAUCCCUCUUCUCUCCUUUCCUGCCGCCAAGAAGAGUUGAAGGAUGUGCUUCAGUGCAUGUCGCAGAUGGAUAUGAAUGAUGUCCUUAGCCAACCAUCAUACCAGAGGUAUUUGAUGGAGCAGAAGCCUUCUUCGGAAAAAGCGGCUAAGAGAAUUUGUAGACUGGUGAAUGAUUUGCACAGCCACCACAAAAAUAGCCUGCACUUGCUACACGUGUUGUACAGCUUUGCCAAAAAGCUCCCCAGCUGCUCCCUUGGAAACCAUUUUAGGGAAGUGUACAUGACAUUUCUGCAGGCACCAGUGUGUGAGACUGAAGAUUUCAGCAAGUUGUUGAAGCUGAUACGGGUAAUGUCCAUUGAUGAGUUACAGAAGAGAAUUGGUGAUGCCUUGUUAGCGUUAGAGUCCCAGACAGACCAGUCGAAGACUCCCACAAACGUUGCUGAUCUGAAAGUCCACCUUGAGGGAUACUGUGAAAAAUUCAAAGCUUUGACAGAUGACGUUCCUGAAGCACAGGAUUCAAGUGAAACACCUGAACCGGUUGUCUUGGAUUGGGGGAAGCUGAGGAGCAGGUCACAGUUCCAAGAGAAACUGAAGAACCUUACGAAGACAAAACGAGUGUCUCCAUUUGAAGCCUUGAGAGAUGAAUUUGCAAGCUUUUUUGCUGAUGCCUUUGGUGAUCUAAAGCCGCCAUCAAGCAUGCCUCUUCACGAAGUGCUCUACUAUAAUGAUGCGGUGGCACUGAAACAGUACUUCACACCAUCUCCUAGGACAGUGCUGCAUGCUGCAUUGACCAAGCCUCAAACAGUACUGAGGUGCGAAUGCUGCAGGAACACUGGCGGUUGCGAGGUCUCCGCAUCACUUCCUGACCUGAGCAUCAGCUACAAGUUGCACCUGGAGAGUGGGAAACUUAUAAACUUGUACGACAUGAUGCAGUCCUUCAAGUCUGUUAAAUGUGGAGAAACGACUCUGUCGGCAGAAGAGGAGAAAAUCGUGCAGGCGCAAUUUUUUCGAUCCAUUGCGGAACUUCAGUUUCUGGGGCUUGUGAAGCCAACCCAAAGGAAGACAGACCACAUGCAACGCAUGACAUGGGGAUUCUGCUGAUGUUGCAAGCUGAGGUGGUGGCUGUCCGACACUGUAUAUUGCACCAUUAUUUUUGUUUUUAACAUAUUUGUCCACUUCUCAUCUAUUUGUGUCACUCAUGACAUCGCAUUGUGUUGGGGAAGAAUGAAACCUCCAAUACUGAUUCUGAUUGAGCAAAUAUGAUUGCGUUGAGUAAUAUAACAAUAAAUAAUAGGUACUAAAUAAGUGAAAGAAGCUGCACAUGGCCUCAGGGCAUAGCCUAAGCUUGGUGAAUUCAUCAAUCUAGUUUCUCCAUAAGCAAGCUUGUUGUGUCAUAGUUCAAUGGGCCUUGUCUGCACCAUGGAGAGACUUUCCCAAGAGACCAUACUGCCUCAAAAUGGACGACAAUCAGUGCUCCUUGGAGAUCUCUUUGUGUUUUCUCUUUUGUAAAUUGAAGUAUGUAGACUUUCCUAAGAUACCAUGCUGUCUCAAAGUGGACGACAAUCAGUGCUCCUUCCAGAUCUCUUUGUGUUUUGUCUUUUGUAAAUUGAAGUACGUAUAAGCUCAAUGGCGAGUUUUAACUAGGUUUGCAAAGUUUUCAUAUCCUGCACAAGCAUGAAAAAAUGUACAGGAAAAGCUUUUUGAUUCGAGCUCGAAGGGGACUAUAAAAUUGUUGUUCUUAAGUGCAGUUAGAAUCAGCAGGCGAGUGCUAGAAUGAAUGGGCAUCGUGCUGCAGUGCGUGGGCAGAACCCAAAGAACUUGAAAGAAGUGAUCUCUGGGCUCAUUAUUGGGAUUUAGGCAAUACUUUACAUUUGGGCCAGGGGAUUUCGUAAAUUAAGGUUAUAGAGCUCUAACAGAGAACAGAAUUGACUUAUCAGUUAUUGAUACACUAGAAAUAACCAAAAACUUGCAUUCGUGUUAGCAGUGAGGCUUAAUGUCGAAAUAUACGACGCUGUUUAUGCUGUGAGAGAUGUUCGUUUAUAUAGCAGAGUUAAUGCAAUAAAAAUAAAUGUAAUCAGUAAUUUGCUUUUGCUUGCGCUUUUGUCAUGACUCCAUGAGCAACGUUUGCAAAUAGCCCAAGAGCCCACAAGUUGCAUCCGAUUCGCUGCGUCCGAUUUCUCAUGUGUGUAGAAAUUGUGCGGUUUUUUCUUUAAUAUCUGGUGAACUUGAUUUGGCAUGGUUGUACAACACAUAGUGAUCACUCUGGGCCUACUUCUGCGAGGAGCGAUGAAAGCCAGGGAGCUUCCAGUUCAAAUUCACCGUUGUGGGUAUAUUGACACAUCCAAAUUAUCGGGAAUUUUCUCCAACAGAGGCACAGGGCUGUCCCAGGACCAGGGUAGGGCGUCAGUUAGAAUUGACUCUAGGUUCGAAUAAACUGAGUUGGAAUUAA